AUGUCUUAUUUCCGGAUAACACUCAUGCGCUCCGGCAUCGGUAUGCCCGAGAAGACGCAGGGAGUACUCAAAGCGCUCGGUCUCCGCAAACGCAUGACGACAGUCUACCACCCCGUUACACAAUCUGUCGCUGGUCAGAUCAUGAGGAUAAAGGAGUUGGUCGAUGUCAAAGAGGUCAAGAACCCAAUGACGAAGGACCAAAUGCGCGCUGCGAGAAGACCGGAUCCGGGGUACUAUAUUGAGCAGAGGGCGGGCGAGGCUAUGGGGGCGGGCAUAGUACUACACGGUCAGUUGAAGAAGAGGCUGGUGUGCUAUGUGCAUCAUAUACUCGGGGAUCGAACAAAAUAUCCAAGGCGCUCACCCUUCUCACCAAUUGACAAGCAGUUCGCAUACAUCAUCACUUCGGGUUAUUCUUCAAGUUUCGGUUGGAAGUCAGAGUAG